AUGACUUCUAGAGCACCAUAUGGGGUGGUAUUGAACGAACGAAGUCGACGAGAAUUCGAACUUCUGAAUAGUCUGUGUGCCGUGGAAAACUAUGGCCACUUGUUGUCGUAUCUGGAGGCCCAGCUGCGACGAGCCUGGUUGAAUAAAGCUUUCGUGGUUCCACCUGCAGACGUCCUGAUAGUGAUUAUGACUCUAGCCGUUUUACCAGAUGCCGAAUUGUCGGGUUCAGAGGUCAAAUUGGACCCCUGCAGCGUGAUCAAGGCCUCGAUCGGCUCUCGUAGCUUGAAAGUCCUGGUCCAGUUUGUCGAAAUUUUGCUCAAAAAGGUGCCAGAUACAAGGAUCGACUACAACCUCAAUUUGCUACGCUGCCAAUUCUUUAUCGUGCUGGACCAGCUCAAUUCACCUGGAUCGCAGCUUUUGUUCUCCACGAGGUACAGGGACUCUCAAAAACGAAGGAAAACCAAUUCGCGAAUCUCUCUAGAAGAUACUCCGAAUUAUAGUGGGACAAAUGCAGAAUCUUCCGGGUUCCGCAAUCCUUACGGCAGUUAUGUGAGCGUUUUAGAGCACAAACCUCGAGUUCUCAAAAAUAUCGUUUUGACUAUGCUGCUGGCGCAUGGCGGAGAAUUUUGGAACAGCGUGAUUUGGACGAUUUACUGUUCUAUAUCUGAUGACUCGCAUCUUUACGAGCGGAGCAAACGAUGGACACGACUUUUGUCCUUGAUUUUUGACUUGUUUGAGCUACGAAACGAAUACUGUACAAAAUUGGGACUGGAUUCCAACGCACAAGAGUCGCCAAACUACGUCAGCCCGCUACUCAAUCUGUUUUGCUCUCUCAACACGAGCGACACACUUACUGCGCUUUGUGAUAUUCUUUUGCUAGGAUUUGACUACUCGACGGCGGGUGCCGUCAGUGUUCAUGCCGUUUACGAUAAGGAAUUUACCAAACCUGCCACGUAUGUGACGCGGACGGUCGAAGAUCGGUCCCUGAGGUUCAUGGAGUCAAUGGCGUUCCGCCACCGUCUCCUUUUAUCGUUCACUAAAUUAAUCGACUCACUGCCAGACCACUUGCAAAGCACUUACCAAAACCUCUCCAAUGCUCGAUUCAACAAAACUUUGUCAAGAUUUCUCAGCCGGAUUGAGAAUUUGUCACAGUUAAAGCACUUUUUCUGCGUUGCAAAUCUGUCGGCGUUUUUGGGAACAAUGCCUCACAUUGCACAGGCGACCCUCAACGAAUGUCUCGUUGAUUUGGAACAACAGCGCGAAGUAUCUCUGGUAGAUAGUUUGGGCGGCGAUGAUACGAUGAUAAAUGAGCUCAUAGAUCUGUUUGGGUCAGGAUUCCCGCUUUUGGAUAGAAAUGACGUCCAGCCUCGAAAUACCACCUACACACUGAUAGAGAAAUGCGACAUAUGUCUGCUCGUAAUUUUGAGAUAUUGGGAAUAUGUUCAUCAGUCAAGUCGCAUAAAAACUAGGCAAUCUUACCAAGAUCUUCUAGAAUCCGUCCAUCAAAACGAUCAAAGAAGAAUAACAUUCGCGAGAGUCAUGAAUUGGGAAGAAGCUCAGUUACCUCUACUUUCACCACAAUUAAAUAAAAUGCUAUAA